UUACGGUCAGUUUGUGCGUGUCUGUGAUGCGUUUUGGGUCUCCGUAAGAGUGUCGGUGCGGAAAUUGCCUCGUAUUACCAGCUCUGUACCCGUGGGCCUGAUGUAGCAGGUCCUCAUCUCCUCUGCAGUGAAGGAAGACCACUCCGGUGUCAUUAUAAUGGACUGAAAGGUAACCCAGACGAGUGAGUCACAUUAGAAUGACAGUUUGGCUGAUGACCAGAAUGACCAUUUGUUCCUGAGUCAAAGAUGCAUGCUCCCUUUUGGAUCCCUCUGACCGCCAAUAAGCUGAUCCAACCCUCCCAUCACAGUCCAAUCACCACUUCCACUGUCCUCUGCUGAUCUCUGCUGUUUUCUAGUCUUCUCAGUCAGUGAUCUAGUCUGACCAUCUGCAUGCCUGACAGAGAGGAAGGGAGGCAUUCGCAGGUUGUUUGAUUGGACAGAUUCUCUCUGCUAUUCAUGAAGAGUCAGCAGGACAAUAUGCAGCAGGGAGACAAAAGUCAAAUGGCGCCAGAGAGGGUGGGACCCAGUUCAGGUUCUGUGACAAGGGGGUCACAAGGCUCAGGUUUGAAGAGGGCCUUUUCUGAGUCAGAUCACCCUUCCUUGAUUAAGAUGAGCCAAAACGCCAGGGCGAGCAUGGGGGUUCUUGGCCAGGGUUUGAAGCAGCUGUUCCAACAGCAGCGUAAACGUCUCUCCCUCUCUCGCUCCACCAUCACUUCCUCAUCAUCCUCCUCAUCUUCCUCUGUGGUGUCAGCAUGUGGCACUUCCCCUUGUGCCCCCGAGGAUGCCUCAGAGUCUUGUUGUCCUGACUCUGACAUCUUCUCUGCUCCUAUGGUUCCUUCUGCAGCUGGCCAGGGCUCAGCCGCUGCAGGCAUGAUGAGGCGUGGGACCAGCCUGCAGAGCCGGCGAAGUAAGGGUUCUGGGUCGGGAUCUGGGAGUGGAGAUCGUGAUCCUCUUCUGAAAGGUAGCCCUCAAGCCCCGCAACGCCGCUACACCCAUGAUCCGCAGCAGCAUAUUAGCCGCCCACGCUCCUCCUCCACCACCGAUACCACACCCAGCAGCCCUGCCCCAGGAUAUUCCAGCGGCGAUGCAUUGCUGUCAUCAGGUUACCAGUCCACAGAAGAGACAGACAGGAUCGACCGGCUGGAAGUAAGUGGCCUGGGCCAGGCACCCCUGUCUGUUUCAUGUGGGGCAGACAGUUCGUUCCAGGGCGGUGAGGAUAUCACCCCAGACCCUCACCGCACCAAGCAGGCCAUCGCCCAGCUGCAACAGAAAAUCCUCAAGCUCACAGAGCAGAUUAAGAUCGAGCAGACAGCCAGGGAUGACAAUGUUGCAGAGUACCUCAAACUGGCCAACAACGCCGACAAACAGCAGAGCACACGCAUCAAACAGGUUUUUGAGAAAAAGAACCAGAAGUCAGCACAGACCAUCCAGCAGCUGCAAAGGAAACUGGAGCACUACCACCGGAGGCUGCGAGAAGCGGAACACAACGGUAUCCCACGCCAGCCCAAGGAUGUUCUGCGGGACAUGCAGCAGGGCCUGAAGGAUGUCGGAGCCAAAGUCACAGGCUUCAGUGAGGGCGUGGUGGAUAGUGUUAAGGGUGGCCUCUCCAGCUUCUCACAGGCUACCCACUCUGCUGCUGGUGCAGUCGUCUCCAAACCACGAGAGAUCGCCUCCCUUAUUCGCAACAAAUUCGGGAGUGCUGAUAACAUCACUUCACUUAAAGACUCUCUGGAUGACCCUUCAGUAGAAGAGGGUGUGACAAGUACUGGAGGACGUUCCCUGGGAAGCACUGGGCAUCACUUUCAGUCCAGUCCGAAGUAUGGUAGCGAGGAUGACUGCUCUAGUGCUACAUCAGGCUCAGUGGGGGCUAAUAGCACAACAGGGGCCCCUGGGGGUCCCCCCAGUUCCAAGGGAAACACACUGGAGAGGAGCCAGAGUUCCAGCUUUGACAUGCUGCUGCAGGAGGUGCAGGAGUUGAGAGAUGGCCAGGCAAGGCUAGAGGAGAGCCUGGAAGGUUUGAAGAGCCACUAUCAAAGAGACUACACAGUUGUUAUGCAAGCACUGCAGGAAGAACGCUUCAGGUGUGAACGUCUGGAGGAGCAGCUCAACGAUCUCACAGAACUUCACCAGAAUGAGAUCCUCAACCUUAAACAGGAGCUGGCCAGCAUGGAGGAGAAGAUUGCCUACCAGUCCUAUGAAAGAGCCAGAGACAUCCAGGAGGCUUUGGAGGCCUGUCAAACCAGGAUCUCUAAGAUGGAGCUGCAGCAGCAGCAACAGCAGGUCGUCCAGUUGGAGGGGUUGGAAAAUGCCACAGCCCGGACCCUCCUGGGAAAACUUAUCAAUGUGCUGCUGGCCCUAAUGGCUGUCCUUCUGGUCUUUGUUUCAACUGUAGCCAACUGUGUGGUCCCUUUGAUGAAGACGCGCUCACGCUCGCUCUCCACCCUCCUCCUCAUCCUCCUGCUGGCCUUCUUGUGGAGAAACUGGGACGCUCUCUCGGGGUAUACGCACCGUGCGCUGCAGCCCCCGGGAUGACCAGAUUACAUUCAGCACAUGUUGCUUUGGUGACAACAAGAAAUGUAACUGUAGCUGCAGUCUGCAGUCGGUUCAGCUGAGCACAUUUGGAAGCGGCCUGGAUAAAGAGCAAGAAGUGUGAAGAAGAGUGAAGAAGAGAACAUUCACAUUUAGGAAGGACAAGACUGUUUACAUUUUUAAAAUGAACUUUUGUGUUGUUAUCCCUCACAGAAUGCAGUAUUGUACUGUUUUUACCCUUAGAGUUUAAUCAAUUAUAAUGUUAUUUCUAAUAAUAUUAUUUUAUUUUCAAUGUUAUUUUAUUCAGUACCAUGUAGCAUUACACUCCUCUCACUCUACACAAAGGGGAGUUUAGUCAGGAAACUGGGCUGGAGAGCUGCCACAAAGGCCCAGUCUAAUUGUAGAGACAUGCAAAUGUGAGAAUGUGGUUGAUUGCCUUUAGGAAGAGAACUCUUACUUAGCUGUGAUUAGUAGUUUUGAACCAUGGCUGAAAAACCUUCCUGGAAGUUUCGCCUUUCCUGCUGUGAUGAAAUUUGUUCAGAUAGAACAUUUUGAAGGAAUGAGUGUCAUGCUGAUGUACAAUUUCUAAUGGCAAAGAUCGCUUUUACUUUUUUAAAGUUAAAAAAGAAUUGAAAAUAGGGAAGAUAAUGAAUGGCACAAAGACUCUAGAGGGGGAAGCUGAGAUGGUGUGCCCACCAUAAAAACAGCACAUGAAUACUACAGAGAACAUCUGGCUGCUGUCUAGCAUCUGCCAUAUUUGUAACUUGUAUACAGUGCUGCACGUUGUCAUGAAGAAAAUUACUUCCAAAGCAGAUUUACUUUUAAAAGCGAUGAUAAAGGGCUGUUGUCCAAGUAAAAUUAGGUUGCCAGGACAAUUGGCCUCCCACCCCACCAUUAUGAUGUGAUCAAGUUAAGAAUGAAGGGGAGACCACUGGUGCUUUUCCAGUUCUGUCUCAGAACCAUCAUGAAUACUGCUGCUUCAAAUCUACAGUGCAAGUCAUCUCCACUGCCAUGCCAGUCAAAUGCACAUUGCCUGUAUGUGACUUUAUACUACUGACACAGUUUCCCUGCGUGUUAUCUUUUCUUUCUUUCUUUUUUUUUUUUUAAAUGUACCACCGUAUCUCUAUGUCAAGGUGUUAUCACCCAGUGCCAAACUGAAGUUUGCCCAGGGAUGCCUAAGCACCCAAAAGGUCCAAGCAGCUGUGGCUUCUUUCCAUAUAUGUCAUGAAUGUCUUGCCAGAUGCAACUUUUGUAAGGGGGAAAGUAAUUCGCAAUCUGAACAUGACCUUGCCUCCAGAUGCUCAGUAGUGUGUUUCUACACAUUUUGCUUCCAUGAGUAGAGCUUGGCAUUCGGCCUCUCUUUUACUCUCACUUUCUAAUCUAGUCAAGGACACUACAAGAUGACCUAGCACGUUAACUAGUCUGCACUGUAUUUAAUGCCAAGAAGCUGAUUUCCUAACAGACAUUGUGAUCAUUUGAACUGUACAGCUGCACUUUAGCACACUGAUAGACAGCAUGUAGGUCAGGCCUUUGAUAGAGACUACAAAGCUUGACACUCUCUGAGAAGUGAAGCGCUGAUGCAGGUUGAAACUGCUGACAUGCUUUUCUACAGGAAAUUUAAAAAAAAAAACCAAGGAAAUUCAGUGCAUUUUUGUCAAACUGUGAGUAAACUUGUUUCCUCUCAAGUUGAACCGCAGUAGGCAGAUUUAUUGAUCUGUCAGUGAUGUGUAAUCAAAGGUACAAUAGACAAGUUGGGAGUGAGCUGACCUUUGACUUUAGUUUGUCCUUGCAGCAGCACCUCUGAUCUUGGGUUGUGUGCUAAACCACUUCAGUGCCUUCUGAUGUCCUUUUCUAAGUGUGGAAUAAAUAAAGUGCAUUCCUGACUAA